AUGUCAAAUGACGCUCUUAAAUCAUUUUGUAGUUCAUAUAUGGAAUGUAUUGAAGAAAUUUCUAUUAAAAAUGGAAGGCAUAUAAAAAAUUACAAGAAUGAUCAGUUAUAUAACGACAUCAUGAAAAAUAAAGAUAUUUUUCAAUUGGCAAUUAAUCCACAGUUGGCUAGUGCAGCGAUUUACAAUCAGUACGAAGGUGAAUUACAGGAGAAAAGAAUUGAUUUGUAUGAAAAAGCGAUAGAAAAGAUGGUAGACCGGCUGAUAACUCCUUUUAUUAAUUUUCCAACAAAUUAUUUAAGUAAAGAGUUUGGACUAAAUACAGUUAUGGUAUGGUCAAUAAUGCAAGAAUUAGCUGAAUAUCUGCACAGUAAAACUGAAGGAUUGACAGAAGAUAUCUUGAGAGACAUCAUUAGAAAAUGCCUGGUUGAUUUUCAAAAACAGUUAUCUAAAAGCACUGAAAUGAACAUCGAGAUUUUGAUCUCAAUGCUUGUUGACAUUUUUAAAAUACAGGCAGGUCUCUUGAAUGAAUUUGGUCACAAUAGUUUUCGAUUUAUCCUUCGUACAUUCCAAGAAUAUCUUGCAGCUAAAAGCAUCAUCUACUUUUGUGGAGUAGAACGAAUGAAAGAUGAGAUUUAUGAAAACAUUAAAAACAAAAUUGCUAUUCCAAAUUGGAGAGUUCCUCUCAGUAUGACAUUUGGAAUAUCAAAUAAAUCAGCUAGGUAUAGUGAGUUAUUCAAUAAUAUUAUUACGAGUUUGUUGAAGGAUGAGCAAACUUUAUCUAAUGCUCAAUAUUCAACGUCUCUAAUACCGUAUGUCAUUAUUGAUUCAUUAAACGAUAUGUUCUUUUUAUCAACAGAUACAGAAUAUGAUUUGAUUCGAAGACUGGGAGAACGACUAUUGUCUGAUUAUAAAAAUAUUUCUGGUUUUUCACGAUUAAAAGAGCAUCAGCAAUUGACUGAAUCAUAUUUCUCGAAACUCGAAAAAGGAUAUAAUAAUUUGAUUGCUGACUGGUUUAUCGAAAAGAUAGAUGAUAACAAAAACAUUGCUCCAAGCGCCAACAUCAUUUACCAUCUAAAAUGGUAUAAACCGACAUUUCAUGAAAUAUUCUUAAAAAAUCUGCAUAAUGACUCAAUAGUUUGGAACUGGCCAAUCGAUUGGAUCUUACGGUUUUAUUCAAGUACAGUUGAAGAUGAAUCAGUUCUGAAACAAUUAAUAUUGAAGAAUGAAAUAAAGAAUAAGUCAGAUAUUAUCAAAUAUAUCACAGAGAAGAACACCGAUUGGUUAUCGUUAAUUGUAACACUUUAUGGAGGAUAUAAAAAUUACAACAUUCAAAACAGUAUUUCACAAUAUUUUAAAAUAGUUCAAUUGCUUGGGUUAAGUGACAAUCAAAGAGCACCAUUUCUCUAUUAUUAUCGAGAAGUAUGGGGAAGAGAUGAUCCAGCUCAUAGCAUGGCUGUGGAUAUUGUGAGCCAGCUCAUUUUGUGGAGAACUUCAAGGACUAUCCAAUGCUAUGUUUUCGAAUAA